CAUAUCACCCCACACAAGCGAGAUCAACUCCCAUCAUGUCAUUCCUACAACGGCUUCCCGUUAUCGCUCUCUUCGCUGGCGCAACCUUCCUUCCACCAUCUGUGUUGGCCAGACCUAUCCCUCAAGAACCCUCGGUACCGGCUAUCAAUCCUGCUCUUACCCCUGAUCGUGGAAACGCUUCUCUGGAUCGAGUGAUACCCAUCGUCAAUCUACCGUUGGCUACCCAGAUCACCGCCUCGGAGACCGAUGAUGCCAAGCCAGGAGCCGUCAUAUCGAGUGCAUUUGCCUAUGCCAAUGAUUCCAACUUUUACCCGGGUGUCAGGGUUCCUCCCGGAUGGAGCUUUUCGAUCGGUCUCCUUCAUCCGUUCGUGUAUCCCGAAGGUACCAAUGGGAACCGACCCAUCUACCAUUCGGCUUGCCUCGAGGAUGGAUCAGCUUUGCCUCAAUGGCUCGGCUUCGACAGCGAUACGGUCACCUUCAACGGCUAUUCGCCCGCCACAUCGGACGAGUCUGAGACUCGGCUGUUUCACAUCAAGCUCAUGGCCUCGGACAUUGACGGACACAGUGACGUUGAGCAAGGGUUCAACCUGACCGUCGGGCUUCAUAGCUUAGAGCUGCGGGGCAGCGUGCCGCAGCUCAACGUUACGGCUGGAUACCCUACUGCCGUGUCCGCCUCGGUCUGGCCUCAACUUCAGCUGGACGGACAGCCAAUCUCACCCGAGAACACUACAGACCUCCUGAUCAACGAUUCGACGUUCGAUUGGAUUCGAUUCGAUCGAGCGACUCGCGAUAUCGUUGCGACUCCAGACUCUGAUAUGGCAGGACAAGCGAUGGAUAUCCCCGUAGAAUUACAAGACGCAUUCGGCGGUCAUCUCCAAACGGCAAUGAGAGUGCAGGUCGAAGCGUACGCGUUUACCACCAACGAGACGUUUCCGACGGUUCUCGGUGGACGAACGUUUGUUCAGACCGCGAACGGAGGACCAACCGGAGAUCUGGACCUGAGCGAGUACCUUGCGGCUUCAAACCUGUCUCAGCUGUCGUUCGAAGUGUCCUCAGACCAUGAACCUGUGGAUCAAUCAAUCCAGGUAGAGGUAGCCGACGGGACGCUACGCUUGAAGGGGGGUUUCCCAGAGGCUCGCGAUUACGAUAUUGUCGCCCUCGAGAUCCGAGCUACCAAUACCACAUCGCACGCAAUCAGCAUACUGUCCCUUCAGCUGGACCUGACCCAUUCGGAUCAGCCCGACGAGGAUGUAUCUGGCUCUUCGACGCUAAGUUCCGGCGCUCAAGCAGCUCUAGGAGCAGCCGUUGGCAUAGCCUGUCUGGCCAUCGUCUUCUUCAUCAUCUACCUCUUGAACAAGAGACGCCGUGGGGGUGAUCUCAGCUUCUGCUCGAGCCUUAGCAUGAGGCACUCUGCGAGCCUCGGACCAGAGACGGGGAUGUUUACCAAGGGUCAACGUGGUGAACCUUACCUGACCGUGGACUUGAGUCGAAGCGAAGACAAGCUCGACAACAGCGACGCUUACUCGGCAAAGACACUCGUCGAGAGUUUCGAGGGCGAGAUUGCUCCGCAGCGAUUGUUACCCUCUAGCUCUUCGCUUGUCGUGAGGAUGAGCAAGAGUGCUAGCUCCUUCUCUCGGAGGAUAGCGCAAGCGGUUUCCAGUAGCGGAAGGUUCAACAAGAAGCCUUUGAGUAAAGAGAGGAUAUCCAACCCGAUCGCACAGGCAAACCCAAGUAGUGGUACCGAAGGUAUAUCAUCACACCUGCGACGCCCUCCGAGCGUUCCAGAUUUACCGGUCUUAUCGAGAGAAGGGCUAUUUACCGCAGUUCAGGGUAUCGGCAAGCGAGGGACUACUGAUUCCACCUCGACAGUGUUUACCAACUUCUCUCAUGACACUGAGCUCUGGGGAAAAUCCGAUCACGAAGAGGAGAGCAACUUCAGUCAAACCCCGUCUCAUCGACGCCCGCGGUGCUUGACUAGCACUCCGAGAAGCGGUCAUGUACAAUUCAGCCCCUCGUCUCCCGAUUCUGCGGGACGACAGGGGGAGGUCAGUUCGGACGAGUCACCCACGCCCAGGACACUCUACCCUCGAGAUCGAGUUCUGAACACCAUCAGCGAAGAUCUCAGCAGGGAGGGCGGCGCCUUUCUUUCGCCGUUCCGAAACCCGUUUCAGAAUACCGGGAGCGAAACGUCGUCUUUGGGUACUAUACAAACGGCAGCGCGCGCCGUAUUCGAAGCCGCAACGCCGGAACAGAUGAUCAUAGGAACGGUCAGAAAAACUACACACGGAUCGACUAUUCUGAAAGCCGACGGAGACGAGGCGGCGGAGCGGUCCUGGAUUGGUAGCGUCGGUCUAGACGAAGGCUCGGACCGGUCUUCUCAGCUCGGGGACAAAGGCUCCAUCCUUAAUCAGACCAGCUUCGAGGGCUUCAAGGCCCGAGACUCUGUCACCGCCGACGCAGAAGAGAUAGAGAACGCCACCGCCGGAGAGCUCUUUGGCAGGAUUCAUACCUCGAUCGCUGCCGAAACUCGAAGUGCACAGCAAUUGAUCGGGACCGGACUAGAUGGACGACGCAUGACCUCGAGCCGGCGCACCGGCAGCUGUUCCGGCCUGCCUCCUUCAUCUUGUUCCUAA